UUGUGUCAACCAUCAGGCAUGUCGACUUCAACUUUGUUUUUUCCGAUGUCCUGUCGCUAGGGCUUCAAGCCACUCCCGGCGGCCUCGUCUCAAUCCGUGAUAAUCGGCGCGCCCAUCUCUGAGAGGGAUGCCUGUCUCGGAGCGAUCUAUGCGCCUGGAUCUGGGGACGUUCGAAUCAAUGCGAUUGGGCAAAUUUCGCGGUCGAUUUUGUGGGAGGCGGGGUUAGAUCGAGCAACCACCAUCCUGUGUCACGGUCUAGAUGAGAGGAGGUACUUACCAUGGAGUUGACAGUGUGGGAUGUGGAUGGAUUGGUGGCGGUUGAGACGCUCACUCUUGACUGCAUUCAUGAGGAGAAGGAGCAAACUGACGAAAUGUCAAAUUGGGCAGGGAAUGAGGGGAAGAGUCCAUCGGGCCAUGUCGGGUUCUACCUGACGAGAGCCGACCAAGAAGACAAGGUCAGCAGAGGCUGUUUCUUCAAACGAAAGCGGAAAACAUGCGUUCAGAGUUCAGUUUCAGAGUGCAAGGAUGGUGACCACGAAUCGAAAAAUGCCGUCUGGUCAAGCAGUGUCCAGUUGACCGCAUGUCACAGUCGACAUCGUCGUUCGGCCUUCGGCAGCGGUUGGUUGCUUCCGCCGCAGCACCAAACACUCGCCCAGCAUGGAUGGACCAGACCAGGUCAAACGCCGACGCUAGGACCUGGCACUAGACAUGAGGCAUGUCUUGUCAUCUUCAACGUUUGGUGCCUUCUCACAGCCGGCAUCAUGGACUUGCCAGCAGCCUUAGGUGACGGAUCUACGCGCGAGGCCCUCAGUUUGCGCUUCCGAGGCGGAAAUCCUGCCCAUUUCUCCUCCCGAAUGGUCGACAUUACGGAUUCUUGCCGUGUGAUGAAAGACACAAUAGCGUUGUGAGCUUAGCAAAGGCAGGCAAACAAUGCCUUGCUUUGUUGGCGGAGUGCUCUGGUAGACUAGGAUCGUGAGAGCACAACUUCCAUGAUAUCACACCCAUCACUAUUUCUUCACACGCCCAUCCGCGCUCUGCAUUCUGCUUGUCAUUACUACCUAACGUACCCACGUUCAACAUAUGAUGUCUUCAGAUCAAACAGACCACGCAAAGGUGGUCUCUCAGCUCUUUCACGAUAUCACUGCACACACAUCCUACGAGAAGCUCAAGGGCAUUUUUGACCAAAAUGCCGAGCUCCGCGACAAAGUCAAAAAGCUCACAACGACUCUGGAGGUGAACCUCGAGAGCCUGCACAACGCCAAAGCGAAACUGGACAAGUCAUGCCAAGAGUUGCAAAAGAAAGACGAGCAAGUCCAGUCUCUUCAGAAGGAGGCCGACCACCUUGGUUCAAUACUCACGGCCAAGACACAUGAACUCAAAGAAGGGGCCCAAAACAUAACCAGGACUGAAGACGCAUUGAAAAGGGCGGAACUCGAAAUCGAGGACCUCAGAAAAAGUCUCGAGGAGGAGCGCAAAAAGACCCAAGACAGGGAAGCCAUUGAGCAAGAAUUGGGGUUGACUAGACGCGAAUUGGAUCAUUACAUGCAAGUGCUCAAGAAAUUGGAAAAUUUCUCGGUGCCAUUGAAACCUGCAUGUACAAGAAUGGAAGAAAUAACCGCUCGCUUCACCAAGAUUUUCGACCUCGCUUGCGAUCUAGCCAAGGAAUUCUUUGGGACAGACCUUCCCGAGUCUUCCCUAGCCAACGCUACCCUGUGGGAUCAAUUAAAGAAGCACAACAUUGUUCACCAAGCUCGGAUUCCACUGCCCUUAUCCAACACUGCCGCCGCCAAGCAAAUGCGCGGCGUCGCUGCUCUCGCUGUCCUUUAUGCAGAGCUACAGAAGCAUGUCUUUCAGCCAACGUAUUUGUUUGAGGACCCCCGUGCCAACGACGAGUUUAGCAGGUUACUCAACACCAUGGAUCCCGCUAAAGAGGCCUAUCUGCGCUCCGUGCUCCUCGGCUCCAUCGAUAAGGACGUCUGGAAGAGAAAGGUCAAGGCCAAGAUAGAGACAGUGAAAGCCAGUGUGGAUGACUGCCUCGGGCCGUUGUUGUCACAGUCAGAACGAACUCGUUUCAAGGACCAUCUGGACCGCUUCUGCAAGAGGGCUUGUCAUCAUUGGCAUUACUUGCAGAAGCUGGAGGACAGGGUACAUUACUCGACUAAAGAUUGGGUAGUAGCGGGCUCCGAAGCCUAUUGGCUGCUUCCGUUGUCAACCAUGGUCGUGGUGAGCGAGGAGCUGCCCGAUGAGACGUAUCCGGGUGAAUAUCCUGACAGCCCCAGACAAAACUAUUCGCUUAUGGGAAACGGGCAGUCAUCCCCCGUCAUGUCUUGCUCAAACGUCACCUUAACACGAGACAUAGAUAAGUUAUCAACGUCACCAUCACCGUCCAGGUCGAGAAGCAGAACUUUCGACAAAACAUCUAGCGCGGCCGCCGCCCUGACCACCGCAGCUGGGCCCAGUGAACUCUUGGCCGUUGUCUGUCCAGCCUUUUACAUUGACUCCUGCAUGGUAGAAGAAGAUCCUUCCAUGAUUUCACCGGGCUAUGGAGUCUGUGACAGUCAGCUCAAGACAGCCAGGGAAGAAGAGGCCCAUUCGACUGGCACACAUCACGCGGCCAGGCAGAGUCGAAGAUGCCGGGACAUGUCGUCAGCUGCCAAGAACCGGAGCCUGGGGAUCACAGGAUAUGGAGUUGGUGAUGGUGAGGACGAACAAGACAGAGAGUUUGAGCAUGGUUGCGAGUCUACGCUCUCGUCUUUCUUAAAUGCAGGCCAGUCGGAGCUGAGCAAUGGGUCAAGGGGAGGUUGGUGAGGAGAAAGUGAAGAAAUGGACAAGGCGGCGGAGUGACUGAAAUUGGAAAGAUUCUGGAGUGAAGAAAGAACUUUGAACAAGGACAAAGACAGCGAGCUGAGCCCAAUCUGACCUCCAUGUUGACGUUUACAUAUCUGUUUGUACAACUGGCGCUCAACUACUGCAGGAACAUGCAUGUUGCAGGUCCAAUGCUGUGGCACUGGGUCACUCACGAUCUUUCGUCCGCACGCAGAACACCAACCAAUUUACCAAUAAUGGCUGCCAA